AUGCCACAACCAGAACCACCGGGGCUAUAUCGCCAUCCGACAAGAAGCGAGAUCAUCGACCUCGCCGCAGCAGAAGGCCAUGAUGCAGACAUCCCAAGCAACCUCGGCUCAAUACAUCAAGUGCCGAGUCAUACAUCGGAAAGACGGCACUCGCUAGAUGAGAAGAAGGGAGAAUACACAACUGGCGAAAGAGAUGUUGAAAAGGGAAACGACACAGGCUCAAUCUCCAGUGCAGACCAACCCGAUGCAGAAGAGGAACCUGAACGCGAUCCGAAUGUUGUCGACUUUGACGGUCCUAACGACCCAGAGAACCCAAUGAACUGGAAAGCUUCGAAGAAAUGGGGCAUGGUCGCGCUCAUAUCGGCGAUUACGUUCCUAACACCUCUUGCGAGUUCGCAGUUUGCACCUGGUGUUCCGGAAGUUAUGCGCGACUUCAACUCGACGAGCGAUCUGCUUGAAGGCUUCAUGGUCAGCGUGUACGUUCUUGGCUUUGCGUUUGGGCCAUUGAUCAUUGCACCACUUUCGGAGAUGUACGGUCGACUGCCAUUGUACCAUAGCUGCAAUUUGCUGUUUAUUGUGUUCACGAUUGCGGCUGCAGUGGCGAACAAUAUGGCGCAGUUUGUUGUGUUCCGAUUUCUCAUGGGCUGCUUUGGAGGAGCGCCCAUGGUACUUGGUGGAGGGACUAUUGCAGACUUGAUACCACGAGAACAGCGUGGCACUGCCAUGGCUGUCUGGAUGAUGGGUCCAACGGUAGGGCCUUGUGUCGGUCCUAUCAUCGGUGGCUUCUUGACAGUAGCCAAAGGCUGGCGGUGGAACUUCUGGUUUGUCGCUAUAGUUGGCGGAGCAUUCUUCAUCAUGUCACUCAUUCUGAUGAGCGAGACAUCUGGCAUUAUCAUCCUACAACGGAAAGUCAAUCGUCUCAAAGCCGAGACCGGGAACACGAAACUACGAUCUAAGUUGGAUAGCGGCCUCACCCCACGCCAGCUCUUCAAAUUUUCGAUCAUCCGACCUGCCAAGAUGUUGUUCCGCUCAACUAUCUGCUUCGCCAUCUCGCUCUACAUUGCGAUUACAUACGCCUAUCUUUACAUUCUGUUCACCACAUUCACUGCGGUAUUCAAGGGCCAAUAUGGCUGGCAUGGCGGCAUAACUGGUCUCUCAUUCCUCGGCCUCGGCAUCGGCUCUCUCAUCGGACAAUUCACCUAUAUCCACUAUGGCAAUAAAGUGGUACACAAGCACAUGGCGCGCGGCGACUUCCGACCUGAACAUCGGUUGAAAAUGAUGUGCAUCGGCGGCUUCUUCAUUCCUUGCGGUCUUUUCAUCUACGGCUGGAGCGUGCAAUACCAGACGCACUUCAUGGUGCCUAUCGUAGCAACAGGCAUCAUCGGGUUCGGUCUGUUGAUGACGUUCAUGCCUGCGACUACGUACUUGGUCGACGUGUUUACUGUGCAUGCGGCGAGUGCCAUGGCGGCGAGUACAGUGUUGCGCAGUGUUGCAGCAGCCUUUAUCCCACUGAGUAGUCAGACGAUGUAUGCGCAAAUGGGCUACGGUUGGGGCAACACUAUGCUGGGGUUCAUCGCUACGUUACUGAUCCCGAUACCAUUCUUGUUCAUCAGGUACGGAGAGAACAUCCGCGCUAGAAGUACAGUCAAACUAUGA